AUGGAGAAAGCUAAGCAGUGUGCGGUUGCACUGCUUGCGAUGCUCGUGCUGCUGCUCGCGUCGUGCGCCGCCGCCCGGCGCCACGGCAAGCCGGACCGGUGCGGCGGCGGCGCGGGGUGCUCGUCGCCGGCGGUGUCGGAGGACGGCACGCCGGCGGUGAUGACGGUGAACGGGUUCGAGGAGGGCGAGGACGGCGGCGGGCCGGCGGCGUGCGACGGGCGCUACCACAGCGACCGCGACAUGCUGGCGGCGCUGUCGACGGGGUGGUUCGCCGGCGGCCGCCGCUGCCACAGGGCCAUCCGCAUCACGAGCCGCCGGAGCGGCCGCUCCGUCGUGGCCACCGUCGUCGACGAGUGCGACUCCCGCCGCGGCUGCCAGAACAACAUCGUCGACACGUCCGCCGCCGUCUGGGAGGCGCUCGGCCUCGACACCAACGUCGGCGAGGUCCCCGUCACCUGGUCCGAUGCCUGA